GACCCGAAAAAGAAAAGGGAAGUGGAACGUGACUCAGCAGAGUGUGAACGGCUGUUUGCAUACAGGAUCUCUGUCCGUCUGAGUUCUACUCCAGCAUGAGAGGGUUUUACUCGUGCUCUGUGGAGCUUUGCAUGGACAAAAUUAAGUGAACACGGAGACUUCACCGGGGCGAGUGACUCGAGCCGGAUGAUGGGAUUCUGCUGAGUCUGCGAUGAACAUUUCUGUGUGGAUUUAAGAUGCCUGCUUGCUAGUGGGUUUUUGGUACAUAACUGCUAUGGCUGUGUGACUUAGCAAACCAUGAAGACAGUUUCUGUGAUAUUCUUUACAUAAAUGACUCUGGAUUAUUUAACAAUGCCAAUCUGGUCUGCACAGGACCCCUCCCACGAUGGCCUUCGACUUAGACUAAAGAAGCCCGACUCUUUAUCUCCCAGUGACCACCAGUUGUGUCUGUAUUACUUCAUGGCGCGCGGUUGGAUUUAGACACUUUUCCGUCUCAGAACAGCUCCGUAUCUUUCGAACCACAUUUACUACCCUGGCCCUGGAGAAUGAUAUGUCCAAGGAAGAAGAGGCCCAUCAAAGAUGAGGACUUCUCCGCCAUCGUGGUGCCCUCCAUGAAGGGUCAUGGGUAUCUGGACUACACUAUCGAAAGUUACCCUAGUAGGGCCUUUCAGCUCAUGGAUGAGUUGCGACAGCAGGGUCUGCUCUGUGACCUGGUGCUUCACGUAACCUACAAAGAUACAGUGGUGGAUUUCAAGGUGCAUAAACUCGUGCUGGCCGCCUGCAGCCCCUACUUCAAAGCUAUGUUUACCAGCAACUUCAGGGAGUGCCAGGCUCCAGAGGUGACGCUGAGGGACGUGUGCCCGCAGGUGAUCAGCUGGCUCGUGGACUACGCCUACACGUCGCGCAUCACAGUCGGGGAGAACUGCGUCCUGCACGUCCUGCUGGCCGCCAUGCGCUACCAGAUGGAGGACGUGGCCAAGGCGUGCUGCGACUUCCUCACCAAGAACCUGGAGCCCCCAAAUGUCAUUGGGAUUACCCGGUUCGCAGAGGAGAUCGGUUGCAUUGAGCUGCGCCAACGGGGCCGGGUGUUUAUCAACAGUCACUUCAGCGAGGUUAUUAAAGAGGAGGAGUUUUUUGGCCUGACACACUGCCAACUACUGGAGCUGAUCAGCCAGGACAGCCUAAAGGUGCUGUGCGAGACCGAGGUCUACAAAGCCUGCAUCGACUGGGUGCGCUGGGACACGGAGGCUCGCUCCCAGUACUUCCACGCUCUGCUUAACGCUGUCCAUAUCUACGCCCUGCCGGCUAAAUUCCUUAAAAGGCAGUUGCAAUCCUGUCCCAUCCUAAGCAAGGCCAACUCCUGUAAAGACUUCCUCUCUAAGAUCUUCCAUGACAUGACCCUGCACAAACCCUUGCCCCCCACGCCACACCGAGGAACCAAGCUGAUCUACAUAGCUGGGGGAUACAAGCAGCACUCGCUGACGUCCAUGGAGGCCUUCGAUCCGAGAAAUAACACCUGGCUGAAGCUGGCACCAAUGACUCAACCUUGUAGCGGGCUGGGGGCCUGUGUGCUUUUUGGUCUCUUUUACACCAUGGGAGGUCGGAACCUUUCGAUGCAGAGCAACGUGGACUCAGAAGCGCUGUCUUGCUACAACCCCAUGACCAACCAAUGGACUGAACUGGCUCAGCUCAACACAGCCAGAAACAGAGUGGCCGUCGGGGAGCUCGAUGGGAGCAUCUAUGCUGUUGGAGGCUCCUAUGGAUCCACACAUCAUAACACUGUAGAAAGGUACGAUCCAGAGGCAAACAGAUGGACGUUUGUGGCACCCAUGUCAGUUUCGCGCCUGGGUGCCGGUGUGGCCGCGUGUGGGGGCGCUCUCUACGUGGUGGGAGGCUUUGAUGGGCAAAACCGAUGGAAGACGGUGGAGCGCUACCAACCAGACACCAACACUUGGCACCACGUGGCAUCUAUGAGCACUGAACGAAGUGGCUUAGGUGUGGUGGCUAUGGACUCGUACCUUUACGCAGUCGGAGGGUAUGAUGGACAAAGCCAGCUCAACACUUUGGAGAGAUAUAAUAUAGCCAGAGACGUAUGGGAGACCAUGGCAUCCAUGACCCACAGACGCAGUGCACAUGGAGUCACCAUGUAUCACGACAAAAUAUUCGUCUUCGCCAACAUGACAAGAUCGUGUCGGUUCCUCCUCUACAACAUCAGAAAGAUUCGCCCAUUUCUGUCCAUGGAAGCUACUCAGAUUCUGGUCCAGUCACUUGUAAUCUCACGGCUGGACGACUGCAACUCCCUCCCACCUGGCAGGAGCUCCUGUGUCCACUAUUAAACCCCUUCAACUCAUCCAAAAUGCAGCUGCUCACCUGGUUUUUAACCAACCUAAACGCCGCCACAUCACCCCACUGCUGCGUUCUCUUCUCUGUCUUCCUGUAGCUGCCCGCAUUCAGUUUAAAACACUGAUGCUCACCUACAAAGCCAAAAAUGGACCAGCCCCAAGCUACCUUCCAGGUCUAAUCAAACCUCAUGCUGUACCAUGCAACCUCCGAGCCACUAGUCUCGCUCGACUUGAUCCUCGAGGAAGACCAGGAUCAGGAUCAAGGCUCUUCUCUGUACCAGAACCCAAGUGGUGGAACGAGCUUCCGCUGUCUGUCCCAACAUCUGAGUCUCUCGCUGUCUUUAAAAAAUGAUUAAAAACCUUCAUCACUUCUUUACUAAACACUUAAGCAGAUUUGUGUUCUUGGACUGUUGUUUACUUAAUCUAGAGUAAUGUAAUGUUCACUAUGGAAGCACUUCUGUAAGUCACUCUGGAUAAGAGCGUCUGCUAAAUGCCGACAAUGUAAAUGAAAAUGUAAAAUCUUACAAAGGUCCUCUGUGUCACCUUAUAUUUGUCUUUUGAAACAGUUAUCUAUAAAUGAAAAUAUGCUGCUGUUACAUUCUGGUGUUUUAGUCUUAGGAAUAAAUGUCUGCACUUUUUUUUCCUU